AUGAACGCGAUCAUUGACAAGCUGAAAAUGCUCAAAUACGUCGAAGUCACCGCAAGCUGGCUUUUCGCCAACGCCAAAGGCCGCGACGCCAAGACGUUCGUCAAGAGCCCCCAAUUCGCCUCAUACCCGGAACCCACCAUCCAAAUCACAUCUCCAGACUGCGGCGCAAGUCCCGCAACGCUAUCGCCAGAGUACAUGGCUGGGGGGGAUGGCCGUCUACCUGGGCUGGAAUGGGAAUCAGUGCCAGGCGUGAAGCAGUGGUUGUUGAUAUGUGAAGAUGUUGAUGCGCCACUGCCGAAUCCCAUUUGUCACGGCUUGUAUCUCGGAAUUUCCAAAGACAAGCUGUCGGUGACAAACAGCGAUUUUAAGCCUGAAAACGAAAAGUCCACACGACUAAACGGUGGCUUUUACUACGGUACCAACAGACUCUGGAUUCCCCCUCGACCUCUUCUCAACCAUGGCAUCCAUAGAUAUUUCUUCGACAUAAUCGCUCUAAGUGAACCGCUAGAUGAGAAACUCGCAGCUUCAAAGCCCACCCGAGAGCAGCUCGCGAAAGAAAUCGACGGCAAGAUUUUGGGGUGGGGCCGAUGGAUUGGCCAGUGUGAAAGAGUAUGGAAAUAA